UGUGUGAGAGAGUGUGUGUGUGCAGCAGGAGGAGCCGCCGACACAAACCAGUGAUUCAAAGGGAAGACGUCGCUCUCUCGCUGGGUUCGGAGCCUUGAAUCGCAGCGGAGGAAUCAACCGGUUCAUCUGCGGGGCUCUCUUUAUGCACUCAACGUGGACUCGAACCACCGACACUGCACCAGCGACCGGCGGCGGCGGCACAGACCUGCAGGAAGCCCGAGCCAGCGAGCGGAGCCGCGAGGAGGGGAAGAGCCAGGCCGAGCAUGUUAUUGGAGAAAAUGACUCUGCACUGGCAGUCGCCUUCCGUGCUCGUGUAAUGGAAACACGCUCCGGUCGCCCUCGCUAGCAUCUGAAAUGCAUCAGCGGAAAUAUAUCAGCAACUCCCAUGGCUAAUUGUAUCAAGCGGCGGUGGCUGGAGUUUGCCAGCGGAUGCACUCAAGAGCCGGGUGCCCUGCCAUGCCCAGCGCCAUGCUAAGGCAACACGCUCAUAAUAACAAGGAGCACUCGGUUCAGCCAGUGGGAAAGCUGUGGAAAAAGUUGGUGGAAAAUCUAUGGUUUUGAGCCUCGAUUUUGAUUUCCUCCUUUUUAUUUUUAUUUUUUUUAAUUUGACCUAGAUAUUCCUCCGCUGCUUUCACCGCCAUCUGCUGCAGCUCGCCUCCUUUUCCUCUUCUCUCCCUCGAGUUGCGUUCACUCCGGCUCCUUCGCCUUGAAUCCAAAGGACGGUGAAGUGCAACCUGCUUUCUGAGAGGGGGACGUUUUCAGCCCUGCAAAAUGGAUUUCCGAAUUUACAGCUGGCCCUCGUUGGAGUUGAGCAUGUGAGGGGCGGAAUGAAGGGACCCCUAUGAAGUGGAGGAAUAGCUGGAACAGCAGCACAAGAUCACAAUGGCCCAAACCAGUUUGCUGCAGGGGAAGCGCUUUUACUGCCGGGAGUGGGUCUUCCACAAGAUCCAGCAUUGCCUCCAGGAGAAAACCAACAGCCUCACUGGAGUGACCAGCACUCCCAGCAAGCAGCAGCAGCAGCAGCAGCCGGCGGCGCCCAGCGGGGGUGCGUCCACUCCCGGUAGCCUCACAGCGGGGUCUGCAAAGUCAGGUAGCUCCUGGGGGGUGUUGCUGGUGGGGGGGCCGGGCAGCGGGAAGACGGCGCUGUGCACGGAGCUGCUGUGGCCCUCGUCUACACAGGGGAACCACCGCGGCAUGCACCAGCAGAGCCUGGCGUUCCACUUCUGCCGGGCGGACGACUCGGACACGCUGUGCGUCGGCGGCUUCAUCCGCGGCCUGGUGGGUCAGAUCUGCCGCAGCGGGCAGCUGCAGGGGUACGAGGAGAAGGUGCGUGACCCGGCGGUGCAGAGCUGCCUGCAGCCGGGAGAGUGUGAGAGGAACCCCACCGAGGCUUUCAAGAGGUGCGUCCUGCUGCCUCUCCUGGGUGUGAAGCCUCCUCAGCAGUCCCUCAUCCUGCUCGUGGACUCUAUCGACGAGGGCUGUCAGCUGGGCGAGGGGGAGCAGAGGUCCCCCCCCGGCUCCCCCAGGACCAUCGCCGAGCUCCUGGCCAGCCACCACGAGUUCCUGCCUCCCUGGCUGCUGCUCAUCUGCUCCGCACGCCGGCAGAACAAGGCCAUCACCAAACUCUUCACAGGUUUCCGUAAAAUCAGCCUUGACGACCUGCGCAAGGCCUACAUCGUCAAGGAUGUGCAACAGUACAUCCUCCACAGACUAGACCAGGAGGAGGCCCUGAGGCAACACCUCACCAAGGAGACGGCCGAGAUGCUCAACCAACUUCACAUCAAGAGCAGCGGCUGCUUCCUCUACCUGGAGCGGGUGCUGGACGGCGUUGUGGAGAGUUUCAUCAUGCUUCGUGAGAUACGUGACAUCCCUGGGACGCUCAACGGCCUCUACCUGUGGCUCUGUCAGAGACUCUUCGUCAGAAAACAGUUUGCCAAAGUCCAACCCAUCCUCAAUGUCAUCCUGGCCACUUGCAGGCCCCUCACAGUCAAAGAGCUGUACCAUGCGGUGUGGACCAAAAACAUGACACUAACUAUGGAGGAGUUUCAGAAAAAGAUGGACAUUCUCUCCAAGUUGUUGGUCAAUGGCCUCGGGUCGACUAAAAUCCUUUUUCACUACAGUUUUGCAGAGUGGCUACUGGAUGUUAAGCAUUGCACCCAGAAGUACUUGUGCAAUGCAGCAGAGGGACAUAGGAUGUUGGCAAUGAGUUACACCUGCCGGGCAAAGCAGCUGAAACCCCUCGAGGUGCAGGAGUUCGCUCUACACCUGGUCAAUUCCAAUCUUCAGAUUGAGCCGUUCAAUCUGGCUCUUUGGAUGGUUUGGAAUGGAACUCCUGCUAGUGACUCCCUGACCACCUCCAUACCAAGAGAACAGGAAGUUCUGCAACUUCUGGUCAAAGCUGGAGCUCACGUUAACAAUGAGGACGAUCACGCCUCCUGUAUUGUACAACAGGCCCUGGAGAGAGAGGACUCAAUAAGGACAUUACUUGACAACGGGGCAUCCGUGAACCAGUGUGACUCCAGUGGAAGAACUCUGCUGGCCAACGCUGCAUACAGUGGAAACCUUGAUGUGGUCAACUUGCUAAUAUCUAGAGGGGCAAACAUGGAGCUGGAAGACAACCACGGACAAACGGCACUUACUCUUGCUGCAAGGCAGGGCCAUACCAAAGUGGUCAACUGCCUAAUUGGUUGCGAGGCCAACAUCAACCACACAGAUCAUGAUGGAUGGACGGCUCUCCGCUCAGCAGCCUGGGGGGGACAUUCAGAGGUUGUGUCUGCUCUGCUCUACGCUGGUGCCAAGGUGGACUGUGCUGAUGCCGACGGAAGAACUGCUCUGAGAGCUGCAGCUUGGGGAGGUCACGAGGAUAUAGUGUUGAAUCUUCUUCAGCAUGGAGCUGAGGUCAACAAAGCAGACAAUGAAGGAAGAACAGCUCUCAUUGCUGCAGCUUACAUGGGGCACAGAGAGAUUGUUGAGCACCUCUUAGACCACGGGGCCGAGGUUAAUCAUGAAGAUGUGGAUGGGAGGACUGCCCUCUCCGUCGCUGCUCUCUGUGUUCCUGCAAGUAAAGGCCAUGCUUCUGUUGUGAGCCUUCUGAUCGAAAGGGGAGCAGAGGUCGACCACUGUGACAAAGACUGCAUGACCCCCCUCCUUGUGGCUGGCUAUGAAGGACACGUCGAUGUAGUAGAUCUGCUUUUGGAAGGUGGAGCCGAUGUAGAUCACACUGACAACAAUGGCCGCACCCCUCUUCUUGCUGCUGCAUCAAUGGGCCACGCCUCAGUUGUCAACACCUUACUCUUCUGGGGUGCAGCUGUCGACAGCAUCGACAGCGAGGGAAGGACUGUGCUGAGCAUUGCUUCUGCUCAGGGUAACGUGGAGGUGGUCAGAACUCUGCUGGACAGAGGUCUGGAUGAGAAUCACAGGGAUGAUGCAGGCUGGACCCCACUGCACAUGGCUUCGUUUGAGGGCCACCGUCAAGUGUGCGAUGCCCUUAUUGAGCAAGGCGCUCGUUGUAUAGAGGUAGAUAAUGAUGGUAGAAUACCGCUGAUAUUAGCUGCACAAGAGGGACAUUAUGACUGUGUGCAAAUUCUUCUGGAAAACAAGUCGUGCAUCGACCAGAAGGGAUAUGAUGGGAGGAAUUCUCUCAGGGUGGCUGCACUGGAAGGCCACAGGGACAUAGUUGAACUGCUGCUGAGCCACGGUUCUGACAUAGAUUACAAAGACGCAGACGGACGCCCGACACUCUACAUACUGGCACUUGAAAAUCAGCUGGCCAUGACAGAGUAUUUCCUUGAAAAUGGAGCAAAUGUGGAAGCUAGUGACACUGAAGGCAGAACAGCCCUCCACGUCUCCUGCUGGCAAGGGCAUGUUGAAAUGGUGAGGCUGCUGAUUAACUAUCACGGUGAUGUGAACGCCUGUGACAAUGAGAAGCGAUCAGCCCUCCAGUCUGCUGCAUGGCAAGGACACACCAAAGUCGUACAGUUUCUGAUAGAAAGUGGGACGCACGUGGAUCAUACAUGCAACCAGGGAGCAACAGCGCUGGGCAUCGCUGCACAGGAGGGUCACAUCGAUGUUGUGCAAAUACUUCUUGAAAAUGGUGCCGAGCCCAACCACGCUGACCAGUUUGGACGCACAGCAAUGAGAGUGGCAGCAAAAGGAGGCCACUCGAUGAUCACAAAACUUCUGGAAAAGUACGGGGCCUCAACUUUAAAUGGCUCCAAUCCAUCCCCAGUACACACCAUGGAGGAAAAAACACCAUUGACUGUGACUGGUAAAAUGCAGUCCCUCACCAUUAAAUCAAGCAGUUCUGGCAGCACUGGGGCAGGAGAUAUGCAUUUGUCUGGACGAGGCAUACCCAACAACGUCCAUGCUUUCAGUUCGCCAUCAGAAUCUCCCGAUUCCACUGUAGACAGACAGAAAUCCUCUUUGUCGAAUAAUUCCCUUAAGAGCUCAAAGAACUCCUCCCUGAGAACCACAUCCUCCACAGCCACAGCACAGACCGUGCCCAUCGACAGUUUUCAUGGGCUGACGUUCACAGAACAAAUCCAGCAGCACUCGUUGCCUCGCACCCGGAGCAGGCAGUCCAUUGUGUCCCCUUCCUCCACGACCAAGUCCAUUGGUCAACAGCCAUCAUCUCCAUCCAAUGACUUCGACUGGUCUCAGUUGAAGCCUGGUCUCAAGUCAACAAAGGGAAGUAAGACCGGCAAUGGGACAUCAAAUAGUAAAGGAGGAGACAAGAAGAAAAUCAAGAACAGUGGCUCGACACAAAGUCAGGUGUUGGAGUACGAGAUGACGCAGUUUGACAAGAGGAUCGCUCUCAACAAGUCGGUAGCUAACAUUUCAGUGAAGGAUCCCCACUGCAAGAUCAUGAUCGGUGGUUCGAUUCAGCAGGAUAGGGGACAGGACCAGGAUCAACUCUUUAUCCAGCAGCAGAGCUCUGCUGAAAGGAAGAGAAACGGCAUCAUGACCAACCCCAACUAUCAUCUACACAGUAAUCAGGUUUUCCUGGGUAGGGUUUCAGUUCCUCGGGCCGGACAGACCAGAGGCCACCAGGAUGUUCUGGAGAACUAUCCCAUCGGGGAAACCGAGCUCAGCCUUAAACAAGCCCUGAAACUGCAGAUUGAAGGAUCGGACCCUGGGUUUAACUACAAAAAGGAGACUCCAUUAUAGCUGGUGAGAGACACUUUUCAAAAUGGCCCUCCAAUAAGUGCUUAUUGAAUCACAUCAAGCAUUUGUCUCGAAGUUGAAAUCAAGGUCAGGGAGACGGCACAUAGGUAACGCUUCAUUCAGAGUGGCUGAAAUAGAGGCUGAUGACAGACGCUCAUUUGUUACUGGAUCGCACUCAACAGAGCCGUCAUUGGUUGGAUUUAAUCAGACUUGCAUGAAGAACGCCGCAAUCCGGAUGAGAAGACUUUCCUCCCAAACCAAACACUGACCGAGUCAUUCCUAUACUGUUGCAGAUGUCUUGAGUGCCAUUCGUCACGCAGACCAUUGGAGGGAUUGUGCCAAAGCAACUGUUUUCAUCUGCAUUAAACAAUUACAUAUCUUUUCUUUUGUUCAUAAGAGGGCGACCUAAAAAUACAACCUAGGGAAGAUUGUUGAUUGCUGCCUGAGGCUCAUGUGAACUGAUACUUCGACGUGCCUACAUCUGUUACAGCCUUCUUCAUUUAGUCAUGCAAACUAUCAUUUUAAUUUAAUGUAAUGCUAUUUAAUAAACAGUGUAUGCACUUUUAAAAGACUAAAAUGACAGACAUGCAUUUGUUCUAUUUACUUUGUAUCCGAUCCAUGUUUUAAAGUAAUUGUUUGAUACAAACAUCCAAUGCUUUUUUUAUUUUUUGUUUUUAUUAUUUUACAUCAUGUUUGUUCUGUCUGUUUAAUUUGUUGUUUUUGUUUUUUUUUCAAACUGACAGCAAUGUAACACUGAGUACAUUGUCACAAACCAGAGGACACAACAGUAACUGAUGUCACAGUAUGAACUUAAGCGCAUUUAUAGUCUGCCUUUCUAGAGACCCCAAAUAAUCUGUGUUAACCUUGAUCAGUGUGCUAAACCUAUGUUGUGUGUAAUGUAUUGAUAGCUAUGGCAGUUUCUCUUCAUGAGUAUAUACAAGCAUAUUUAUUUUUGGAAAAAAGCCACUUUUGCUGCAGCUUGUGUUGCAUUAGCUCUACCAUGGUGCUGUGUUCAGAAGUUGCCUGCGGUUGUUUUGGACUCCAGAUUGUGUCGGCUUUGUGCGUUUUCUGUAUUAUCACAAAUAUCUACGAGAGAGAUUCAAGGAAAAUGUCGAGGAUAAAAAAAGUUCAUUUUAUCCCUAUGGGAUUUUUUUUUUUUAAGUUUGUGUGUUAUGUUUUUUUGUGUGCAUAAAACAUAUUUAAAUAACCCAUUGUGUACCGUUAACAGAGCUUUGGUGCUAAACGCAGCAGUGACUACACAAAAAAAAAUGCAUUUGUCUGCAUUUGUCCGAGUUACAUGUUUAACCUACUGCAAUGCAAGAAACAGAAUCCUGGCUUUGUUUUCUUACUGUCAUGUGAUCCAUCUUCAGCGAUUUCCUUGUGGAUAUUUCAGGGGGAUUAACACGAGUUUGAAAGGCAAAACUGUAAAAAACUAAAUAAAAGCCAAAGUUGAAGCAGCGUUCUCUGUCCCGCCUCCUGCUGCCUGCGAGGAGCUGAAAAUCAGUUCAGCGGGACUCAACCCCGCGGGAGCAGGCGGGGGGGGGGGAGGCGCUCGGCCGUGGCACCGAGGGAACUCGAACAUCUGUUUCUCAUGAACUCUGUGGAGCUGCGUUAGCGUUUACAGGCUGUGUCAUAUUCUUUUGCAGGCUUUUCAUACCGUUUAACAGCGAGCUAUUUUUCGCCAAGAUCUGGGAUCAGGGGGGAGUAGGAACCCAUCGCAUGCACAAACACUUAUAAGCCCUAGUGAAAGCUCUCAGCUCUUCAGCACCACAGUAGCUCAAACGUUUUGCCAUGAAGGGUCAAUAGAAGGAUUGAAGGCAGGAGUGAGUCUAGAACCAGUGUUGGAAAACAAACUGUACAGUCUUAUUCAGCAGUUCCCUUGUUUGUCUUGACUGUGUUUUGUCUGUCAUCUUUGGUUUGACUGUCAGUGAUUGGAUUGUAAAUAGCUUCCCAUGUACAUUCGACUUUCAGUUUAAAAGAAUUCCUGUAUUAUAUGAAGUGGAAUUUUCUGAUGUAUAUUAAAGUGCUUAAUAAACAUAUUUGCUUUACUGCUGAA